CUUCUCCUUUCCCUUGACGUUUUCAAAGCAUCUGGAGAGCCUCGAGGUGCGCAGUUCGAAGUUAUUGUUGUUGUCGUCGUCCUCGCACAGUCGUUGAAUAGCUGCGACCCACCUUCACCUUAACCUCUGCCCGCGCGCAACACGUCCACAUUGUCCCGAACCAGCUCGUAUCUACUAACGGUAAAGUGAGCCGGACCUGCCUGAGGGCCCCCGCGCCAGACCAAGAUGCCGUUUUUCAAGAAUGUCUUCAAGUCCAAAGAUGCGACACGAUCUGCGUCAAAGGCCAGCAAGAAUGACGCGCCCGUCGCACCGCCCAAGCCUCGGUGGGAGGAUGCAUGGUCGCGCAAAGACGUCGCGCCCGAAGAGAUACAGGAGCUGAUACAUGUCUGCACACAAGAGAUGAAGUCCAGAGCUCUGGACAUGCUGUUCAUGCUCCUCCCCUUCCGCCCCGCGUCCGACACCAGCGCCUCCCGCAACUUUGUGCGCAGCUUCUUCAAAGCUGCAUACGAGGGCACACAGCAGUUCAAAGGCGAAGGCCUGUCCCAGGAACUGCGCCUCGCCGAGCCAUUGACACUAUGCAGCAUACUGAAAUGGUGCUGGAGCAGAUUACCGGGCGGCGUCGUGACUUGGGACGCAUAUGAGCUCUUCCGAACUGGGGAGUCUGACUCGAACUUUGCCCGACACGCAUUUGACACUUUCAUCCCGCUCAGCACCGACUCUGAAUACCGCACGCUUAUCAUCUUCGACUUCUUCGAUUUGCUGUCUUCUGUAGCUGCAAGAGGCAAGACCAAUGGCAUGGGCGGCAGGAAGCUGUCGCGCAUGGCGGGGUGGUGGGCCUUUGAGUUUGUUGAUGAUGGCAAGGGCUUCGACGGUGGCUAUCGCACAUGGGAGAAGGCCGCGGAUGCUGCGAGCCAUCUCUUCUUCGCCUACUUACGAUCGCUCUCUCCAGAUCCCAACGCGAUUGGCGGCGUUGUUUCCCUUCCUCGAUCGCUACUAUCGCUGCUAUCUCAAACCGAGUACCCGCCACAAACACCUACACUGAUGCAGACACGCACGACCAAGGUGGUCAUGAUUGUGGACUCUGUCUCGCCCACACCGUUUUCAUUGUUGCGUCGCGCCAAGAAUUUCGAGUACCGGGAUGACGAUGCAGCACUGCAACAAUUCUCUGCUUACGACGACACUGUCAAGGCUUUGACGGAUGAGUGUCGCAGAGUGCUGGAAUGCGUGGCCUCUGUCAACCAGUCAGUCGCUUCGCCCGACGCUACUACGCCAGAUGCACCAUCCUGGUCUCGAUUUGAAGACUUUGGAUUCUCUGGAAUAGUGGAUGCCUCUGAGAGCAACGCAAAUGGAACAUCCAUGGGAAGGAGCCCCCGCGAAUUUUCCAAUGCUUACGGGGCUCGUUCGAAGAAUAACGACUUUGGUCGUCCCACUACUCCCUCAUGGGCAGAGUUUCUCUCGUCUGGGUUUGCAAACGAAGGUAACCAGGCUUCGCCAACUACGCUCCUACUGCCAAUGGACAAGCUUCCGCCCCUAGGCGAGGCUGCGCGCGUACACAGCUCCCAAUCGCAUAUGCGCAACGUACAUGGGGUUGAAGAGGAUCUUGAGCCUGGCGAACUUGCAAGCAUCACUCAGUUCGAUCUUGACGAGACGUUCUGGUGGGUAUGGAUGACAAGUCUUGCCAACGAGGAGACAAUCCACCGCAAAGCCGCGUUUGGCAGGUGUACGUUGAUCGAGACCCGGAUCCCUGGUGCCAGAUGGCUCGUCAUGGAAGAGCAGGUCAAGGGCGCUACCGUUGGUCCCGAAGACGGCGCUUAUAUUGCUGAGAAGAAAUCCAAGUUCAGCUUCACGAAGCGUAAUCGUCUCGGACGACGGAAAUCAACUGGCAAGAAAGGAAUCCCUACCUUGUCCGACCCUUACGUUGCAAAUGCACCUAUGAGCAAAACAAGCAUCGGUCCAGACCAGCACGCAAGAAUACAAGCUGCAGCUGCCAAGUUAGCGCAACAGGACAGAGAUCAGAAAGCGGCGGCGGAACAAGGUCAGCGCCGAGGGAGGAUGGACGAGACCUCAUCGGUCAAGACGAACAGUGUAUUGACACUGCAACCGCAUCUCCUGAGCGAAGCUGGUCCAGCUAUGAAGUGGGACAAACACUUUGGUGAAGGUGUCAAGGAUCGAGAUGCACUCCGUGCUCAGUACCUCGGGGAUUUGGGUACUGGAAAAGGCUCGAGCAACAACCUCAUGAUCACUGCUAACGGUGGACGUCCGGCGACUCUAUCCACUGAACUAUCGAAUCGUGAGUUGCCAGCGCUGCCCAAAUCCGAGAGAACGUCCCCCAGUGUCAACAGUGCUGUUUCAAACACGCCCACUCCCAUCGCAACGAGCGCGUCACCCUAUGCUGAAGUAGCGCCUGUCACUCGAGUUCCUUGGCCAAACGAUUCGCCCCCUGCUUCGCCAUUUCGGGAUGAUGAUAAGCCACCCAUAGCGGCCAUCACCAGCCCACAUCCUGCAUUGAGGGCUCCAGUACCUGAUCGAAAACCUGUCGCUGCUUCCUAUCUCCAGGUUCGCACCAGCGAAGACCAAGCUCGUACGAUGGAGAGGAAGCCCUCUACGAGAACAGCGAAGAGGAGAGAAGGCGGGUUCAGAAAUUUCUUUGGCAGGAAGAAGACAGACGAACCCGUGACUGCAGGAGCGAUGAGUCGCAGGGAGUCUGAGGAAAAUGCACGUCUGCGAACACGUGAUACUAGCCGAAGUGUAUCUCGAGUUGAGCACCACGACACUCCGGUCCAAGAGCUAUCACGAGCACCCAGUACUGAAAAGCCUACUCCGGACCCCGUUCCAGAGCCCGUUCAAGAGCCCAUUCAUGAGCCCGCCCAGGAACCCGUUCUAGAGCCAUCACCGGCUUUUGAGCCCACUCCGGCUGCCUCACCUGGCUUGUUCUUGAACUACCGCAACCCUGAUCCCCCGGUUGCGCCCAAUAGCAAUGCAUACGAGCAGCAGAAAGUUGAUCAAGCAUUCUCAAGAUUUGAUCAAGGUCCAAUGGAAGACAUGCCAGCAUUUGCUCCAGCAGACAGUGACGAUGAGGUUGAUGUUACCGCUGCGCCUGUGCACCAAGUCGAACCCACGAUGCCUAUUGCUCCAACACAAUACGCCCCGCCGACCAGAGACGAUGCAUCGGAGGAGUCUGUUGAGCUGGAGCGCAAAACCUCGCCUCAACAAGAUCGAUGGGCGCAGAUUAGGAGAAACGCGGCUGAUCGGGCUGCUAAGCUCAGCGAAGAGCAGACUCGUCGCAGCCGAAGCCAAAGCCAACGUACAGACGAGGGGGAAACAAGUGGCGAGGAGACGAUUGAAAGUCGUGUGGCUCGCAUCAAGGCUCGGGUAGCUGAACUGACUGGCAAUCCGGAAGGACAGUCACCCGGCGGUGGUGUUGGAGCUUACGGCAACCGACAGCAAUUUGCGUAAAGUCUUCUUCAGAAUUAUUUAGUACACGGGCUAGUUUGGAAAGCCUAGACGGAGUUUUUGAUACCCUUUUACGUUGUAAUUGUCUUUACAUUCAAUACCCCCUCAGCGCGUCUAAUCAGUCUGGCACUUUUGUGUCCAAACCACCUUCUAUACUUUAAUGAUGGGCCUGUUGUUGGGGUAAUUGACGGGCGCCAUGUUUUUUUCUUACUGUGACCUGAUCACCUCAACAACGAUUUGAAGCUUGCCGUAGAGGCUACAUUCCAUCUAAUAAAAACGUUUUUUGU